AUGAGGCAUAAAAACCGACGGGAACACUCCCUUCAGCCAAACCCUAUCCUUAUCCUCCCACCCACAUCCGUCCGCAUCUCGCCCCAGUGGGCGGCGGCGGCAGCCGCCGCCACCACCUCCUCCUCCGUCCUCUGUCCUCAUAGCUUGGACCUCAGCCUCCACAGCUGCUGCUGGUGCCCUCCUUCAUCUCCCCCUCAUUGUUGCUUUUCCUCCCUCGAGAUCCAAGCAUGCUGCCUCGUGCCCCUCACUGCGUCGGCGCCGACCAAGCAAGAGGCAGAUGCGGCACUGCCGGCAGUCAUCCUGACGGUGGGGGAGGCACAGAAGGUGUUGCGCACCUCGCAGGUGGUGAGGCGCACGCGGAUUCGGUCGUCCCCAGCCGGCGGCGAGAUUUGCACAGACUUCCUCCACCUCUGCUGCGACGCCGCUGGACCAGAUGGCGAGCCCUCCGACACAAGCACUCAACAAGUCUGGGUCAUGCUGGAGAAGACCAUCUUCCACAUGCCCUAUGUGGUACAAAGAUACAAUGGGAUGGAGUUGGUCAUCUUGCUAUAGUUCAACUUCAAGGUGAAUUUCAGUUGACCUUUAGUUUACUUGACUAAAGUUAUGCUGGGCUUGUCUACAAGUUCACCUAACUAGCUAGUGAGUCAUGUACACAAGGUGUUCUAGAAUUUAAAGCAAUCUGGCAUAUGAAGUUCUCUGUAGCUAGAUCUGAAAAGAUGUAUAUUUAGUGUCCUCAUUUGUUCAUUUUCUUGCUAUAGCUCAAUGGAUGUCAAUCUGAUGUGUAUGUACAAACAAUUGUUGUGGACAUGUGUACUGAACUGUCAGACAAAUUAGUUUGGAUGGAGCUGAGAUGGACAAAUUGUAAAUGACAUGUAUAUGAAACUAUCCGACAUGGACGCAGAUCUGUGUUUGUGUGAAUAUAUUAUUUUUUAAAACU